UUCUAGCAUGACGAACUUUUUCAAAGGAGUAAAGCCAGCGGCCCACAUGAAAAUCUCUUUCACAAGGCACAAGAGAAGCAAAAGAUCCAGAAGCUUCUAGACCAAAGGCGAACACAUCCUCCUCCGGCUAUGUCGCUCUCGUCGGCGCGCCAGCGGCGGGCCACGGCCGCCUCGCCGCCGACCGACGACGGGUACUCCAAGGAAGCGAAGGACAGGAGGCGGCGCCCCAGCGCCGACGACGACGAGGAGGGCAUCCGGUGGUUCCUCCCGUUCCUCGCCCUCGGCCUCCUCCGCCACAUGAGCGCGUCCUCCAACCUGAUCCACGACUGCGACGAGGUGUUCAACUACUGGGAGCCCCUCCACUUCCUCCUUUACCGCUCCGGCUUCCAGACUUGGGAGUACAGUUCCAACUUUGCUCUUAGAUCAUAUUUGUACCUUUUCAUUCAUGCUCUUGUAGCUGGGCCUGCUUCAUUGAUUUUUGGGGAGCAUAAGGUUCGGGUGUUCUACUCUGUGAGAAUCUUUCUUGGCCUUAUAUCAACUAUAACAGAAACUGUUCUGGUAGUUGCUCUUUCAAGAAGAUAUGGAAAAAGACUUGCUUGUUAUGUCCUUGCAAUGUUGUGCUUAACCAGUGGCUGCUUCUUUGCCAGUACCAGUUUCUUGCCAAGUUCAUUCUCCAUGUAUGCAGUUACACUUUCCUCUGCACUCUUCCUACUUGAGAAGUAUGCUGCUGCAGUCUCUGUUGCAGCUGCUGGAGUUAUCCUUGGUUGGCCUUUCUCAAUCUUGGUGUUUCUCCCUGUUACGGUUUACUCACUAAUUAGAGGAUCUUUCAGAAGAGUAUUUUUAUCUGGAUUUCUGACUUCCCUGUUCCUUCUUGUCCUUUCGGUUAUUGCUGAUUACUACUGCUAUGGCAAAUGGACAGCAUCAGUGUUCAAUCUUCUGAAAUAUAAUGUGUUUGGAGGUGGUGAAAGUCACUUAUAUGGAACAGAGGGGUUUUCAUUCUAUUUCAGGAAUGGAUUCAAUAACUUCAAUUUUGCGUUCAUCUUGGCACUGCUAUUUUUGGGGGUUGUGCCAUUUGCAAGAAAGAAAUAUGUCCCAGAUCUAUUGAUAGUUGUAUCUCCUGUCUACAUUUGGUUGGCUUUCAUGUCUUUGCAGGCACACAAAGAAGAAAGAUUUCUUUAUCCAAUUUACCCGUUGAUAUGUGUUGCAGCUUCAGCUGUUAUUGACAUCAUUCCUGAUUUUUUCCAUGACAAAUAUUCAUCUGAACAGUCUAUCUUUGAAAAGAUAGCGAAGGGCCUGCGGCCUUUGAUCCUUGGGUUUAUUUUGUGCGCCUCCCACAGCCGAACAUUCUCCAUGUUGAAUGGAUAUGGUGCUCCUAUUCAGAUCUAUCAGCAUCUAGAAUAUCAUGAAGAUACUGGGCCUGGUUCUGUUCUCUGUGUUGGGAGCGAAUGGCACCGCUAUCCAUCAUCAUUCUUUGUACCCUCCUAUAUUAGUGAAGUUCGGUGGAUAGAUGAUGGCUUCCGUGGGCUUCUUCCAUUUCCCUUCAAUGAAACCCUGGGAGGCACCACUGCUGCUCCAUCUUAUUUCAAUGACAAGAACAAGGCCUCUGACGAGCAAUACCUGAAAGACAUUGGGGCAUGUAACUUACUGGUGGAACUUGAUCUUAGACGGCCGUACCCAUCACGAGGAAGUGAUUUGUCAACAUGGGAGACACUGGCUGCACUACCGUUUCUGGAUAGAGAGCUUUCACCUGCAUUGUACCGGUCGUUCUUCAUACCAUACCGAUGGCAGCACAACAAUGUUUUCGGCCUGUACAAGCUGCUGAGGAGACUGCAUGCUGACCAGCAGUAAUCUCAUUGUUGAAGUAGCAAAUCCAAUGAUUGCCACUCAUUGGCAGAUUUUGAUCACCAGAUGUUUCUGACUGAAAUGUGUCUUUUCCCUAUUUGUGAAAUUCUUAACAAUGUUACGUCUAGGCUAAUCUAUCCCAACAAAUGGAGCUGUAUGACUGAAUCGUUAGCUUCUCUAUUUGUCUUGACGGAAUCUGAGAAUGUAGGUUCAAAAGGAUCGUUUGUCCUGGAAAACAAUACUCGUCUGCACUGUAUGUUGAAUCAUUGGCAAAAGGCAAAUGGGCCGUUUCUACUGGCAACUGAAUUUCAGCACAUGAUCCCAAAAAUCCUCUCGUGAA